UAGUUUCCUGACCUUAUACAUGUUUUUUCAUUCCUGCAGAACAAGAUCAUCCUGGACCCUCUGACAUUCAGCGAGGCUCGUUUCAGGCCCUCUUUGGAGGAGCGCUUGGAGAGCAUCAUCAGUGGGGCUGCGCUAAUGGCUGACUCAUCGUGCACACGCGAUGACCGCCGCGAACGGAUUGUGGCUGAAUGCAACGCUGUUCGUCAGGCCCUGCAAGACCUGUUGAGCGAGUACAUGAACAAUACUGGUAGAAAAGAAAAAGGGGACCCGCUGAACUCAGCCAUUGACAAAAUGACCAAAAAGACCAGGGACUUACGUCGACAGCUGAGGAAGGCAGUGAUGGACCACAUCUCAGACUCUUUCCUGGAGACCAAUGUUCCCCUUCUGGUGCUCAUCGAAGCGGCUAAGAGUGGGAAUGAGAAGGAGGUCAAGGAGUACGCCCAGGUGUUCCGUGAACAUGCCAACAAGUUGGUGGAGGUCA